GUCAGGCCAGAAGUCGUUUCCGGUGACAAGUGGACAUCAUAGGUGUCAUAGCAUCCAUGCUGUGAAACUUCUUCUUCACUUACAAAGAAAUUGUCAGGUAACUUCCCAUUUAGGCAGAAAAGUCAUUUGUGUCCUCUGCUUGCUCCAGGAAAUUGCGCUGUCCAGUUUCAAAUCAUCUAUUUAUCCUCUCGUCCCCUGCCCUGACAUGGGAAUUCUUCUGCACCUUAUAUCUUUCAUAGCAUGUCUUCAGACGGCCUACCUGUAUCCUCUACAGGAAGAUGUCAAUCCCGCCUUCGACAGUUACAGAAUGAGGCUGACAAAAAAAGAUACCUUUUAUCCAUUUAAGGAGUCUUUACUCUCAUCUUUGAGCUUUUUGGAUAAUCCUAGAGAAGGAGCCCAAAGCCAAAGAAAGAAAGCUGUCGAUUCGACGUUCAUUCGUUUUGGACGCAGCUCUUCAGCUGAGGGUGUGGUUGACCGAGAUUCUUCGGAUGACGUCCCUCCAUCCUCAGCCGUUCUUUCUAAAUCACUUUCCGAAAUGCAGCAUAGCGGAGACGAUCGACUUGUUGACUCUUCCUCAGAGUUACAGGACAACAACAAGGCCAGUGUUGAGGUGCCCAGGCGAUUUAUCGUGAACCACAAUGGCUGCCGAGUAAGCAGCAGUCAAGAAAUUGUCAGAGCCUUGAUGAACGAUCGUAACUGCAUUCGAGCGUUCCAGAAAGUGAAGCGUGAGAACGUGAAUGAUACCUUCAUAAGAUUCGGUAAGCGCGAGGCACCCCCUGAGAAAGAAUUUGAACCUUUAAAUUCGAACGAUGGCACGUAAACUUCGAUAUACGAGGGCGGGAGGCACAAAUGACAUGAUACCACCAGACAUCUAGAUUCUCCCUCUUAAGUUCCAUUUUCGAUCAUUUUGAAGGAACUUUUUUAUUGUAGAAUGACAUUCAUUUUUAGUUUGCAGGGAGGAGGUUGAGGCAGAAAUCGAUACUGAGGUUUUGUUUUCUUAUUGUACCUGGUUCACUAAUCGCUAUUCUCGCUUCGUGCAAUUGCUCAAUAAUAGCAUAUAUUUUAUAGACUCUUCUUGUCUUUUAUUCACCACUAAUCAUAUAAUUAUGUAUAAAUUUGUGUAUAUAUGUAGCAUGUAUAUUUAAUAUAUUAUAUUAAUUGAGAUUGCUAAUUAUUUUGUGUCAGAUAAAUGUCAGCGCGUUGUAUUUAAUUUUCUAAGAAUGCUAUGAAAAUAUUUAAACACGUUACUUAAUCAACUUAUGAUACUUAGAGAACUGAGUUUUCGGGAAUUUAAUGAAUACUGCUUAAUUCUGAAGCAUUAAUAGCCCUUUGUUGUCUGCAUGCUUUUUUAAUUUUUUUUUAAAGUUUUACUUGAUUUAGUUUACCAAAAAAAGCGUAUCUUUAAUUCGUAGUCUUAAUCUGAAUAAUAAUUACUUGUGGGUAUUUUUAUUAGAUAACUAAGUAGCAUUAGUUUUAAUUAUCUGAAUAAUUAACUUAUUUCAAAUUAACUUUAAUUGAAAUUUAAUGUGUUCCGUUUGCAUUUACUUUCAAUAUUGAUAUGCUUCAUCUUGAGUUCGCAUGAAACUGCUAAGGUAGGACUGAAGUUUACUUAUGAUUAAAUAUUAAUUUUAAAAAAAUGCGAAUAUAUUUAAUAAAUAGUGAAAUGGUAUGAAUAUCAUUCUCUUCUGAAAGUUCUUUUAAACAUAUAUUGAAGACAGAAAUUUGAAAAUUUGAACUGUUAAAUAAAUAUUUUGCCAGUUAAAAAUUCAGAAGUAUUUAAUAUAUCUUCUAUUUGAAAUAGAUAAAUUUUGUUCAAGUGAAAUCAUAUCAAUUUAAAAAAUACAAAAAUAAUAACAUAUUCCAUUUUUGCGCACUUAAAUAACUAUAAUGUGCAUUUAAUUGUGUAAUUUUAAUUCAAAAAUAAAAGUAAUAAUAUAUAUAAUAUAUUCAUAAUAAUCAUAACUUGUAUAUAAUUAAUAUUCCCUUUUCGAAUAAUCAAUAAAUAUUUAAAUUUGCUGAAAGUUGUCCUUUUCAUGAAUAUUUUGCAUGAAGAAAUUAUAAAAUUCCUUAUAAAUGUUCUUUGAGUCGAAAUUUACAUGAAUACAAAAUAUGCGUGUUCUAGUAAUCUUACGAAAGUUUAGCAUAAAAUUCAGUAAGAUAUGUAAAUAUGUGUAAUAUAUAAAAAUCAUAGCAUUUUAGCAUUUUUCUGUUAGAAAUGUUUUGACAUUGUAAUUAAUCUUUUUCAUUCUUUCAUUACCGGAAAUUAUUAAAUGAGAUAUUAACAUAGAAAAAUGCAGAAAUUAUGUUUAAGAAAUUUUCUCAUGUAGCAAAAAGCAUUUUCUAAUGUUUUUUUCUCAUUAUUACACAUUUUUCUCCUUUUUAGAAUACUUCUGUUCAUAGCGACUCCAUUGUUUUCUUCAUAUGUAAAUUAUUUCAUUAUUUUACGUAAUCUUCAUUAUUUAUAACGUAUUGAUAUUAGCUUAAGAUAAUUUUUGUGUAUAUAUGAUUUAUUUUACUCUUGGCUUAUAAAACUGUAUGCGCUUUUUUGUUUGAUAUGUACUUUAAAAUUAAAAAUUAAAACAAGUAUGGUAUAUUUGCUAAUAUCAUCAAAUAUGUAUAUAUUUUCUUAUUAAAAACUUUAUCUUAAAACCACUAUUUCAUGAGUUUAACUAUAAGUCCUAAUUUACUUUUGUACAAUAAUUGCAAAUGAUAUUUGAAAUGAGCAUUUAUGGAAUAUUAUUAACAUUAUUUUGGAAAUAAUCUUUCCAGAUUAAAAUUAACUCCAAAAGUAUAAACUAAAUAGAAUAUUUAAAUAUAUUCUUGUUUGAAAUUUUGAAAAUAAAUUAUUUACUUAACUCUCAAAUUUUUGAAUUGAAUAUUUCUAAUUUUAUCAAAAUUUCAAAAUAUAUGUAAAGUGUUACUUAAAAGCUUCUGUUCUGUUUAAACUUAAUUUUAUGUAAUUUUCUCAAAUGAGCGGAUAUCUGCUGGUGAACCAGGUACCUUCAAGCGUUCAUCUCGUCUUAGGUGUUCAGUUACUUUUAGAAUGGUGUGAUUUGAUUUUUAUCAAAAUUGUUAUGACUCGACCCUUGGAGUCAUCGCCGCACCGAAUCUUAAGAAGUAAUCACGUGAAAGAGGAGUUGAUCUCCUCUGUAAAAAGAGAAGAAUUUGUUUUGAAAAUAUAUAUAAUAUUUAUAAAGAACGCAGAGCGUUCUCUGAUAACUUAUGAAUUAUACAUGAAAUGAAUAAAAAUAAUUCAAUGAUUUA